UCAUGAGCAGGAUACACACGGUAGGAUACACAGUUGAAGUCUUUCUUGUUUACUGUCGUCUGCUGGUGUGAGACACAUUUUCUGUAACACCUUAACGAUUCAUACCAUCCAUCUCUGCUUCGCAGCACGUUCGCCUCGCGAUGGAUGAUGUGGAAGCAAACUCGUCGGCGGCGUGCACAGUCGCUCGCUCGCUCGCCCGCAGCAGCCUGGACGCUGGCUACGGAUGCCAGAUGUAUUUUUAGUAGCAGGCAGGCAGGCAGGCUUAUCUCUGCCAGGGAGUCUGCAAGAAUCUCUGCGUCUGGAACCACUCCUGCACAGACCAUCGACCGGCCGCCAAAGAAAGUUGACUGCGCCAUUUUGGAAAGUGUUAGUCGUCGUUUCAAAAGUUUUUAUGAGAAGCCCGUUGAGAAGUUGCUGACUGCCUUCUGACUCUUAGGAGCAUCUACCUGUCACGCAGACAUCGUACCGUUGGUAAGUGCAGAAGAAAGAAAUCUCCACCAGCAACAGGCAGACAACAUCAUGUCUAGCACACGUUCCAAGAAGAAGCAGCGUACACGUACGCAGCGCUACACGUCCAAUGUCUUCGCCAUGUUUAAUCAGGCCCAGAUACAAGAGUUCAAGGAGGCUUUCAACAUGAUCGACCAGAACCGAGACGGUUAUGUGGACAAAGAUGAUUUGUUCGACAUGUACACGUCACUGGGCAAGAACCCAACAGAGGAGGAGCUAGAUCACAUGAUCAACAUGGCACCUGGCCCCAUAAACUUCACGAUGUUUCUCACGUUGUUUGGCGAGAAGCUGAACGGCACAGACCCUGAAGACGUCAUCCGAAACGCCUUCGCCUGCUUUGACGAGAAAAAUUCCGGUUUCAUCACCGAUGAAUAUUUGAGAGAAUGCCUGAUGACCAUGGGCGACCGGUGGUCCGAAGACAUGGUGGAUGAACUGUUUCACGGCGCCCCGAUCGCUGAUGGGCGUUUUGACUACCUGGAGUUCACACGCACACUCAAACAUGGCGCCAGGGAGAAGGACGAGGCAGUGCAGGGUCAGUCAGGUCAAGGACAGACGCUUCAACCUCAAAGUCAAGGCGAAAAUCCGGACACGAAACUCCAGUGUGAAUCGAGUGAGAAAGAUUGAUUGUACUGUGUACUACGUGGGGAAAGAAUUGUCUUAAAGUCCUUUUUGAUGGCCAUGGAUUUGGCUGGUUGCUUUUUGAGUCUGUGAAGCUCAAAAAGUUAACUUUACGUUAUAUUUCUUCGAAAAGGGUACAGAACACGGGUGUGGUUGCAUCUGGAUGAACAGCAUAGCGAAAAAUAUAUAGUCGUAAUAGUAACAUGGGUAUUGUAAUAUGUAGGAUGUGUACACAUGAGUCAACCUCAAAAAUACCCCUCUUCACCAUCGUCCCAACAUAUUUCCUCAAUGAAAGAAAAAGAAUAGCCAUUUUAACAGGAUGAUACGAUUGAAAAAAAGCCCACGUCAAAUAGUGUUAGUAAAUUUAAUUGUUCUUAAGCACUUUAACACGAGUCAUUUUUGGGCUGGUUGUGUGGAAAGACCCAUCUUUAAUUUAACACCUUUUGUUUACUGUAUGACUAUGGCAAACGUUUGCAUAAUGGAAAUACAAGACAAAUAGCCUAUUUUUGACGUGUUUUCAGUUGAAAAUGUUUUUGAACAAGAACUGAGAUACGCACGUACGUGUAUGUAUGUCUGCGUGUGAGGAAAACACAGGAAUAAAAGGAUUAGAAGAAAUAGGUAAGGACGUAGCAUCCAAGGCAUGAAAAAUGUCUUAUUCUGUUUAACCACGAACUUGUAUUACUGGAUUGCUGGCUGACUAUUUUUUCCAGUUAACUGCUAAACCGAGGCAUGAACGACAAAGCUUCCGGUUUAGUCAUAUUCUUUGUGACGGCUCGCCGAGACUAUAACAGUGGAGAACUUCGUAAGAGGCUAAGUGUUGGUCUUGGCAGACAGCAAUCUACCUAUACACGUCCAUGGUUUUACUAUUCAGCGUAGUUUUGCAUAACUGCCACCAGAUACCUUGGCAUCUGUGAUUGUUAACAACGGUUCAUGACUUCUAUGAUGGAGUGCAUGACUGAGGUGUAUACAUACCGAGUUUGCAAACCUUGGUUCAGCUUGUAACCCCUCACUGUAGCUGCUGAGUAAAGUACGGAGAAUUAUAACACAUUUUCUUUGUUAAUUUUUCUUUAUUAUACUUUUUAUGCGCAAAAAAAUUCAGCAGAGAAGUCUAACACAUUGAAUUAAUAUAGCUGAAAAUACACAGACAUCUUAGCCAAUUUGCAUAUGUACACAUGUCUGUCAACACAAGUAUGCUAACACGUACAAUAAAUUGGCUGUGGUAUAGGGUGUUCUCAAA